AUGGAUCGUUUUCUCCUGGUCAUGGUCGCUGUCGCCUCCAUCGUCUCAGUUCCAGGGGUUCGACAAGAACCAACAAACAGCCACACGGGGGAAGGAGCUGUACCCCAAGACGAGCUGUCCCCAGCAGCACAACCAGAGGCCCCUGAAACCAAACAAGAAAACGUGAAAGACAUCGAGGCAUUCUUAAAGUCUGUGGAGGAAAAAAGAGAGACCCCGGAAGACUAUGAACGCAGUCAAGAGUCCUGGGAUUUAGGCAAUGGAAUUGAGAAGAGGAAAUGGAAACCCGGGAGGUAUCACCAAAGAAGAGGGAAACACAACGUAAGGGAGAAAAGGAAAUGGAGACCUGGCAGAUUCCACCAAAGACGGCACAAACGUGAUGAGGAACUUUCUGAGGAUGCAAGAGAAAUUCCUGAUGAAGACCGCAGCCAAGAGUCGUGGGAUUUAGGCGAUGGAAUUGAGAAGAGGAAAUGGAAACCCGGGAGGUAUCACCAAAGAAGAGGGAAACGUGAUGAGGAACUUUCUGAGGACGCAAAAGAGAUUCCUGAUGAGGAUAGGAGCCAAGAGUCCUGGGAUUUAGACAACGUAAGGGAGAAAAGGAAAUGGAGACCUCAUGGUAGGUACUACUUAAGAAAUCGCAAACGUGAUGAGGAUCUUUCUGAGGACGUAAAGGACGAGCAAGAUGAAGACCGCAGUCAAGAGUCCUGGGAUUUAGACAACGGAAUUGAGAAGAGGAAAUGGAAAAAUGGGAGGUUUCACCAAAGAAGAGGGAAACGUGAUGAGGAACUUUCCGAGGAUGACGCAAUGGAAAUUCCCGAUGAAGAACGCAGUCAGGAGUCCUGGGAUUUAGGCGAUGGAAUUGAGAAGAGGAAAUGGAAACCCGGGAGGUAUCACCAAAGAAGAGGGAAACGUGAUGAGGAACUUUCCGAGGAUGCGAGAGAAAUUCCCGAUGAGGAUAGAAGCCAAGAGUCGUGGGAUUUAGGCGAUGGAAUUGAGAAGAGGAAAUGGAAAAACGGGAGGUUUCACCAAAGAAGAGGGAAACGUGAUGAGGAACUUUCCGAGGAUGCGAGAGAAAUUCCCGAUGAAGAUCGCAGCCAAGAGUCCUGGGAUUUAGACAACGGAAUUGAGAAGAGGAAAUGGAAAAACGGGAGGUUUCACCAAAGAAGAGGGAAACGAGAUGAGGAACUUUCCGAGGAUGCGAGAGAAAUUCCCGAUGAAGAUCGCAGCCAAGAGUCCUGGGAUUUAGACAACGGAAUUGAGAAGAGGAAAUGGAAAAACGGGAGGUUUCACCAAAGAAGAGGGAAACGUGAUGAGGAACUUUCCGAGGAUGCGAUAGAAAUUCCCGAUGAAGAUCGCAGCCAAGAGUCCUGGGAUUUAGACAACGGAAUUGAGAAGAGGAAAUGGAAAAACGGGAGGUUUCACCAAAGAAGAGGGAAACGUGAUGAGGAACUUUCCGAGGAUGCGAGAGAAAUUCCCGAUGAAGAUCGCAGCCAAGAGUCCUGGGAUUUAGACAACGGAAUUGAGAAGAGGAAAUGGAAAAACGGGAGGUUUCACCAAAGAAGAGGGAAACGUGAUGAGGAACUUUCCGAGGAUGCGAGAGAAAUUCCCGAUGAAGAUCGCAGCCAAGAGUCCUGGGAUUUAGACAACGGAAUUGAGAAGAGGAAAUGGAAAAACGGGAGGUUUCACCAAAGAAGAGGGAAACGUGAUGAGGAACUUUCCGAGGAUGCGAUAGAAAUUCCCGAUGAAGAUCGCAGCCAAGAGUCCUGGGAUUUAGACAACGGAAUUGAGAAGAGGAAAUGGAAAAACGGGAGGUUUCACCAAAGAAGAGGGAAACGUGAUGAGGAACUUUCCGAGGAUGCGAGAGAAAUUCCCGAUGAAGAUCGCAGCCAAGAGUCCUGGGAUUUAGACAACGGAAUUGAGAAGAGGAAAUGGAAAAACGGGAGGUUUCACCAAAGAAGAGGGAAACGUGAUGAGGAACUUUCCGAGGAUGCGGGAGAAAUUCCCGAUGAAGAUCGCAGCCAAGAGUCCUGGGAUUUAGACAACGGAAUUGAGAAGAGGAAAUGGAAAAACGGGAGGUUUCACCAAAGAAGAGGGAAACGCGAUGAGGAACUUUCCGAGGAUGCAAGAGAAAUUCCAGAUGAGGAUAGAAGCCAAGAGUCCUGGGAUUUAGACAACGGAAUUGAGAAGAGGAAAUGGAAAAAUGGGAGGUUUCACCAAAGAAGAGGGAAACGUGAUGAGGAACUUUCCGAGGAUGCGAGAGAAAUUCCCGAUGAAGAUCGCAGCCAAGAGUCCUGGGAUUUUGACGAUGGAAUUGAGAAGAGGAAAUGGAAACCCGGGAGGUAUCACCAAAGAAGAGGGAAACGUGAUGAGGAACUUUCCGAGGAUGCGAGAGAAAUUCCCGAUGAGGAUAGAAGCCAAGAGUCCUGGGAUUUAGACAACGUAAGGGAGAAAAGGAAAUGGAGACCUGGCAGAUUCCACCAAAGACGGCAAAAACGUGAUGAGGAACUUUCUGAGGAUGCAAGAGAAAUUCCUGAUGAAGACCGCAGUCAAGAGUCGUGGGAUUUAGGCGAUGGAAUUGAGAAGAGGAAAUGGAAACCCGGGAGGUAUCACCAAAGAAGAGGGAAACGUGAUGAGGAACUUUCUGAGGACGCAAAAGAGAUUGCUGAUGAAGAUCGAAGCCAAAAGUCUUGGGAUAUUAAUAAAAGACAUGAAACAGAUGAGGAAGCAAGAGAAAAGCGUAUAUGGAAACCAUCGCAUCGAUACCACCAUAAAAGACGACUGCAGAAACGUGGUGGGGACUUAGUUGAAGAGGAGGAUGAACAGAGGAGUGAAUCAGAGAACAACGGAGAGGAGAAGAAGCCUGAGGAAGAGGAUUCAGCUCGUGAGAGAGAUCGGGUUGAAGCUCUGAGGUAUCUGACGGAGAAGACAAACCCUGGGAUUUACAGAGGCUACAACAAUCCAUCCUGGUCGGACAACUCAAGUUCAACCUCACACAACAUGGAGGACAUGGUGAAGGUGCUGAGCCAGAAGAUGAAGCAGGUGGCCGACCAAUCAGUUGAUAAAGACAGAAGUAGCACGCAUCAGGAACCACCAAUGCCCCAGGAGGAAAUGGGGAAUGACAAUUUGGCAGCGUUGACAGAACUGAAGAUGAUGGCUGCCAAGCUGCAUGGAAAUACACAGUGAGCCAGGCCUGGCAGUGACCAUCAGUGAAUCCUAUGGCUACCCUAUUUCUGUGCUUAAGGCGUUAUAUAGGAAUAAAUUAUCAAUAUUAGCCGUGCCAAAAAAGAUUUGAACAGUUUGCCCAUCAUUG